AUGAGGAAGUUUAAGUUUAACCCAAAGCUGGGCAUUGACAAUCCUGUCCUCUCCCUGGCUGAAGACCAAGACAGCUCUGAUCCCUGGAACCUGAAGAGGCCUCGCUUCUGUCUGCUGAGCAAAGAGGAGGGCAAGAGUUUUGGUUUUCACCUGCAGCAGCAGCUGGGCAGGGCUGGGCAUGUGGUGUGCAGGGUGGAGCCAGGCACCUCUGCCCAGCGCCAGGGUCUCCGAGAAGGAGACUGGAUCCUGGCAGUGAACAACAAUGUCGUGGAACGUGAGGACUACAUGGUGGUAAUACAUCACAUCCGGGCCAGCGGUCCCCGGGUGUUGCUGACGGUCUUGGCGCAGCAAGUGCAUGAUGUGGUCCGAGCUCAGCAGGACAACGAUACCCAUCUCUGUCCUACCCUAGGCUCAGGGGUCCGGCCCCGGUUGUGCCAUGUAGUGAAAGAUGAGGGUGGCUUUGGCUUCAGUAUUACACACGGAGCUAAGGGUCCUUUCUGGCUUGUGCUAAGUGCAGGAGGAGCAGCAGAGCGGGCAGGGGUGCCCCCUGGGGCCCGGUUGCUAGAAGUAAAUGGGGUCAGUGUGGAGAAGUUCACACAUAGCCAGCUCAGCAGGAAGCUUUGGCAGAGUGGAGAGAAGGUGACCCUGCUGGUGGCAGGGCCAGAGGUGGAGGAACAGUGUCGCCGGCUGGGAAUGCCCCUAGCUGCACCCCUGGCAGAGGGCUGGGCACUGCCUGCCAAGCCCCGCUGUCUGCACCUAGAGAAAGGGCCCCGGGGCUUCGGGUUCCUGCUGCGGGAGGAGAAGGGCCCUGAUGGUCGCCUCGGGCAGUUCUUGUGGGAGGUCGACCCAGGACUGCCCGCUGAGAAGGCUGGAAUGAAGGAUGGGGACCGCCUGGUGGCUGUGGCUGGGGAGAGUGUGGAGGGACUUCGUCAUGAGGAAACAGUGUCUAGGAUCCGGGCACAGGGAACUUGUGUUUCCCUUAUUGUUAUCGACCCUGAAGCUGACCGCUUCUUCAGCAUGGUCCGCCUGUCCCCACUGCUCUUCCUGGAGAGCAUAGAGACUCCUGCAACCCCCCAGGACACUUGCGCGGCCUCUCUGGUUGAGACUGAGGACCUACCAGUUGAAGACACGGCCUUGUGUCCUGGCCCUGUUGGUUCCCGCCAGUGUUUCUUAUAUCCCGGGCCUGGUGGUGGCUAUGGCUUCCGACUCAGCUGUGUAGCCAGUGGGCUUUGUCUCUUUAUCUCCCAGGUGACCCCAGGAGGCUCAGCUGCCAGAGCAGGGCUGCAAAUGGGAGAUGUGAUUCUGGAAGUAAAUGGGUAUCCUGUGAAUGGAGACAAUGACCUGGAAAGGCUUCAGCAGCUGCCAGAGGCUGAACCACCCCUCUGCCUGAAGUUGGCAGCCAGGUCUCAGCAGGGUGUGGAAGCCUGGAUUUCCCCAGGGUCCGGAGAGGACUGGAUUCCAACCUCAGAGCUACUAUAGAACACCCCUGCUUGGUACACAGCUAUGGAGUAGCUUUCCUGUCUUUGUUUAGCAGCCUAAGGUGAUGGGAGCAGAGGUGGUCUCUCUAAGCCCAAUGCAGGAGCUGGAGAACUCACUGGGACACCACCAAUCACAGGACUGCCUGGGGGCUCCCUCACUUUCCUUGAGUCUACCUCCCAGCAGAGGGUGUGGUCAGAGACCUCAGGCGCCCGGCCCAUGAGGGGCCUGAGUCUCCAGAGGCUAUCUGAUGGGAGUUUUGGAGAACUGCACACCCGAGGAUGAAGUUAUACCUGAGAAGGGGACGCUGUGGGGCUGGCUAGGAUUGAAAUCAUUGGGAACUUGCCCAGUGUAAUAUAGAACAAGAAUUUGGAGGCCAACUUUACCCUUCCUCUGUGGACACCUUAGAUUGUGGGAGUUGGUGCCUGGUCGCUGUUGUGUUUUGUUAGAGAAAUAACCUGUCCUGGGACUGAAGAUGUAGUUCCCUGGUAGAGGGAUUGCCAAGCAUGAGCAAGGCCCUGGGUUCCAUCCCCAGCACUAUAAAACAAACAAAAAAAUGAGCAAAAAAAAAAAAAGAAAAGAAGUAGA